UUAGAAAUAAAAGGAGACGUGGAUUCGCUGAAUUAACGAACCGAGACUCUUUCGAGAACUCUAACGAGAUUAUCUGACGAUUCGCUAUGAAGUUCUCUGCCUUGUGUUGUGUUCUCGUCUUUGUGGUCGGAGUUGCUAUGGCAACAGACUCCAUGCAAUGGGGAUUUGUAACGACAAACAACAACGGAAACAGAGCUCGCGUGGUUAUAGGACUGAAUCGACGCAACAUGGUGCUAAUUCCGGAUGAAGUGAAGGAUCACAAACGAUGUUCUACAAGAACCAUCAACCAACACGACUUUGAUUGGGGUUACGUUGCCAUGAAGGACCCAGCAAAGCGAUCGUGCUGGUUGAAGCCUCUUGGUGAAAGAGAGACAUAUGAAGAAACCAAAAGGAUCAUGGACAGUGGAAGUGAGAUGUCUCAAGUUAAUGAAAACUGGAUUAUCCCUAAAAGAUCAUUGGACAAGGACCAGGUGGAGAGAGAGGUUGGAAGUAUGUUGGCUGACUUCUGUUCUGACUCGGACGUCUUCAUGCUCAGACGAGAUACGCGAACUCUUAGUCAGCAAAAGGAAGAUGGAAGCUGCACUCAUAACUGCGGAGUCUGCGCAGUUGAAGGAACUCCAGAGUAUGCCAUGAAUGGAAUGCAGUAAAACCAGCCUAGCAUGUGCCUGUUGUUCUAACGGAAGGAGAAACAUACUAUUAAGCAUUAAGAUGUUGUAAAAUCAAAAUAAUACUGAAUAAAGAAUUGCGACUUGCAUCAACGCAA